CUUUGCUUUAGAAUAUAAGAAGUUUCACCUAUAUAUAAUAAAUGUGAGAGCACAACACCACAAAAAUACUAUAAAAUGGGCUGUGCUCUAAUGAAACAAGAAAGAAUAUAUGAAGAUCAAGCUUCUCUUCAUACUUUACUGGCAGCUCAGACACACUUUUCUUUGGAAGAUGUCAAGUCUUUAACUGAACUCUUCAGAAAAUUAAGCUGUUCUAUUUGCAUUGAUGGCUUUAUUAGCAGAGAAGAAUUCCAGCUUGGAUUAUUCAGAGAUAACAGAAAGAAAUCUCUGUUUUCAGACAGGAUGUUCAAUUUGUUUGACUCCAACAAUGAUGGGCUAAUAGACUUUGGAGAAUUUAUCCGUACACUAAGCAUCUUCCAUCCUGAUGCUUCUCAAGCAGAAAAGAUUGCUGCUGCAUUUAAACUAUAUGACAUAUGGCAAACUGGUUUUAUUGGACGUGAAGAGGUAAAGGAGCUGAUUUUUGGGCUAUUAUAUGAGUCAGAAUUGAUACUCACUGAUGAUAUAGUUGAAGCUAUUAUCGACAAGACAAUUGAAGAGGCAGAUUCCAAAGGGGAUGGAAAGAUAGAUAUAGAAGAGUGGAAUAAUUUUGUAGCUCAAAAUCCAUCUUUAUUGAAGAACAUGACAAUUCCAUAUCUGAAGGAUAUCACAGCCGCAUUUCCAAGUUUUGUGCUGAAUACAGAAAAGGAUGAUGAGAUUUACAAGGAUUUCUGAGUUAUAUAUAAGUACAAUGCAGUUGCUUUGCCAAGUUGUAAAUAAACCAAUUGAGCACUGAAUUAAGAAACAAUAAGAAAUAUACCUUUGUUUAUCCAUAA